AUGUUUAAAUUCAUGUUUAAUGAGAGGAAUUCCAAGAAGAAACUCUUCAUCCUGAGGGAUUGCCUGGGCUCUGGGGGAGGUUUCCUGCUGGUGCUGGUGCACUGCUUGGCUCACAUCACUGCUGGGGACCUCGGCCACGACACCAACCCCCUCUUCCUGAGCCUUUUCCACCAGGCUCUAAAGGCCUGUCUCAGUGAGAUGUUCUCCCUCAGGCUGCAGCUCUCAGCAGCUCCCCAGGGGGAUAAAUCCCAGGAGAUAAAGCAGAUGCUGCUCAAGGAGGAGCCAUUCUCCACAGAGGAAAUAAACCUCAUCUCCCAACUUUUUGAAGUGAGAGUGAAAAGCCAAACAGACAUGGAAGCCUUUGAGAAGAACCUCUUGCUCCGUGUGAAGUCUGAGGAAUCACUCAACAACAAGUGGCUGGUGAAGAAAAAAGAGAAUUUCCUUCAUCCCCUGAGCAGCAGUGGAAGGGACAGCCUCCGACAGAGGGCACACCUUGAAGGGGAAGCUGUCAAUUCCUCGUUCCCUUCAGCACUGGAGGAUAAAGUGGAUGCAUUAACUGAGGAGCUGCUGCAGAUCAUGGAGGAUGAAGAGCAGUUUUUAAGCAGCAAAGGCAAUGAAGAUCUGCUCUCUUACUACCUUGAAAUAACCAGUUUGGAGAAGGAGAGUUUGGUAAAACAAAUAAAUGCAUUAGAAGAGGAAAUAGCCCAGGGCACAAAGUUGUGA